ACAAAAAAAUCCCAACAACAAUACAACUAGCCUUCUCUUGUUAAAGACAACACAACACCACUUCCACUCACAAACCCCCCACUUUCUUCUCAUUUCUCUCCAUCAUUGUCACCUUGAAAAAGAAAUAAAAUCCAUUUUCAGUUUUCACACUCAAAUAUGCAACGAACUAGCUACUAUUAUUAGUUACUUCAUUUCUUCAUUGAGUUCCCAUUCACUUUUUCCACUUCUUUCCCUCUGAAAAUCUUUUCUUUUUCUUUGGUUUUAGGCUAAUUAUCUUGUUUAUCUGCGUUUUUAGCCUGGUUUUUUUGUGAGUUGUAAUGGGUCGGUUCGGUUUUUGAGAAAGUGGGGUUUGUUUAAUUACUUUGGCUGUGUUCUAAAAUGGGUAAUUGCUGCUGUGGAGGGCAACCUUCAAUAUACAGAGUCUCUUCUAAUGCAAAAUCUGAGUCUCCUAAGGGUCAGAGUCCAUCUCAAAAAGCAAGGAUAGAUCAUACUAAGAUGCCUUCAAAUCCUGAAGAAGUAGAAGACUUGCGCCGUAGUUCAGCUACAAAUCCAUUGAUUGCGUUCUCUUUCGAUGAACUUAAGAUAAUGACUGGCAACUUUAGACAAGAUUACAUGCUGGGGGGAGGAGGAUUUGGUAAUGUUUAUAAAGGAUAUAUUACUGAAGAUUUAAGGGAAGGAUUCCAACAAAUUACAGUUGCUGUUAAGGUUCAUGAUGGAGAUAAUAGUUAUCAAGGCCACAGGGAAUGGCUGGCUGAAGUGAUAUUUCUUGGCCAACUUUCGCAUCCAAACUUGGUAAAGUUGAUCGGUUACUGCUGUGAAGCUGAUCAUCGGGUUCUUAUAUACGAGUAUAUGGCUCGGGGAAGUGUAGAAAACAAUUUGUUCUCGAGAGUGUUACUUCCUCUUCCAUGGUCCAUUAGAAUGAAGAUUGCCUUUGGUGCAGCUAAAGGACUUGCUUUUCUGCAUGAAGCCGAGAAACCUGUAAUUUAUCGUGAUUUUAAGACAUCUAAUAUCCUGUUAGAUGUGGAGUACAAUGCUAAGCUCUCUGAUUUUGGCCUGGCAAAAGAUGGACCAGUUGGGGACAAAUCUCAUGUUUCUACUCGCAUAAUGGGAACCUAUGGAUAUGCUGCCCCUGAAUAUAUUAUGACAGGUCAUUUGACUCCGAGGAGUGAUGUUUAUAGUUUUGGUGUAGUUCUACUCGAGCUUCUUACAGGAAGAAAAUCACUUGACAAAUCCAAACCAGCCCGAGAACAAAACCUUACUGAUUGGGCUCUACCAUUGCUUAGAGAAAAGAAAAAGUUGCUCAACGUUAUAGAUCCAAGACUCGAUGGAGAUUAUCCCAUAAAAGCUGUUCAUAAAGCUGCAAUGCUUGCUUAUCAUUGCCUAAAUCGCAACCCAAAAGCACGACCUUUAAUGAGAGAUAUUGUAGAUUCCUUGGAGCCUCUUCUGAUACCUGUUGAAGUUCUCACAAAUGAGAAGCCUACUUUGACUGUGAUUACUGAUACUCCCAAUGGAGUUAUCAAAGAAAAAUGCACAGUUUAACAUGAUUGCAAUGUGUUCUAACUUUCCUAGCACUAAUAGAAAGCUUUGGUACAAUGUUUUACUUUCUUGUAAUACAAGGAAACAGAGAUUUUACUUGUUCUUCUGGAUUAAUAUUGGUUCAAUUCACUGUCCCCCUUUUCCCUUUC